UACAGGCCAAAGUGCAGAAUUCUGGAGCCUGGAAUGUCCAACUUUCCUCCUCCAUCAUCCAACUCAUGCCCCAAGCGGUCAUCAUCUUGAUACUGCCUAGCUUCCAUUAGCAACUUCGCAUCGACCCCGUGGGUCAUAUCUGCUCAUAACCUGUCUGCAUUCACCAACUUGUAAAGUCAAAGAUACUUGAAGUUCAGUGCACAUAGUCUAUCCGUCGACUACCAUGUCACCACAUGUGGACCUCUCUUACCACAAACACGUCUGGUGGAAGGAAGCGUCAUUCUACCAAAUCUACCCGGCAUCUUUCAAGGAUAGCGAUGGUGACGGGUGGGGAGAUAUCCCAGGUAUACUUGAAAAGAUCAGCUACAUCGCGUCCCUCGGAGUAGAUGUGGUAUGGCUGUCGCCCAUGUUCGACUCACCGCAGAUCGAUAUGGGCUAUGAUGUAUCCGAUUAUGAAGGCGUAUAUGCACCGUACGGCACUGUCAAGGAUGUGGAGAAACUCAUCAAAGCCUGCCACGAUAACGAUAUGAAGCUUAUCCUCGACCUGGUUGUAAACCAUACGAGUGAUCAGCACGCUUGGUUCAAGGAAAGUCGGAGCUCGAAAGAUAACCCAAAAAGGAACUGGUACUUCUGGGAACCAGCACGCUACGACGAGCAAGGGAACCGCAUGCCGCCCACUAACUACCGUUCAUACUUCGCUGGUGGAACCUGGACGUGGGAUAAGCAUACAGAAGAGUACUACCUCCACCUCUAUGAUAAGUCUCAACCAGAUCUAAACUGGGAAAACGAAGAUUGUCGGCAAGCGAUAUACGACUCAGCAAUGCGCUUCUGGCUCAACAAAGGCAUCGAUGGCUUCCGCGUAGACACCGUGAAUAAGUACUCCAAAGUCCUCCCUUUCACCGACGCACCCAUCACCGAUCCAACCAGCCACAUCCAACCCGCCGCCCAAAAGUGGUGCAACGGCCCACGAAUCCACGAUUUCAUCAAGGAAAUGAACCGCACCGUCCUUUCCCACUACCGCACCUACGACAACCAACCCGUCGUAACAGUUGGCGAACUCUCCCUCUGUCCAGACCCCUCCUCCGUCCUCCCCUACAUCAGCGCCGCACAAAAAGAACUAGACAUGGUAUUCCAAUUCGACAUUACACAUCUCGGCCAAGGACCACCAGGCUCUGACAACAAAUACGACCUCGCUCCCUGGACCUUACCAGACAUGAAGCGCAUAGUAGAAAAAUGGCAAUGUUUCAUCGAAGGCACAGACGCCUGGACAACCGUCUUCAACGAGAACCACGACAAUGGACGCAGCAUCUCUCGUUUCGCAAACGACGCACCGGAAUGGCGGGUAGCCAGCGGCAAACUACUCGCGUUAUGGCUCAUCGGCCAAUCGGGCAGUCUAUUCCUGUAUCAAGGCCAAGAAAUCGGUAUGAUCAACGCGCCAGCGUCGUGGGACAUAGAAAAAGAGUACAAAGACGUCGAAAGCCAGAACUACUGGGCCGAAGCCGUGAGGCUGGCGGAGAACGGGACGGAUCCUACCCGCAAAGAGAGGAUAAAGAGGGGUUUACAGCGUAUGGCUAGGGAUCAUGCGCGGUUACCCUUCCAAUGGGAUGACAGUGCCAACAGUGGGUUUUCGACGGGAAAGCCGUGGAUGAGGGUGCAUGAUGAGUAUGCGACUAUCAAUGCGGCAGCGCAGGAGGGGGAUGAGGGGAGUGUGCUUUCGUUUUACAAGCAUGUACUUAGGCUGAGGAAGGAGCAUAGAGAUGUUUUUGUGUAUGGCUCGUUUGAGUUGGUGGAUCCGAAAGGGAAAGAUCUAUUUGUUUAUCGGAAGAGGUGGGAGGGGAAGAUGGCGCUUGUGAUGUUGAAUUUUACGACGGAGGAACAGGUGAUGAGGUGUGAUGUUAAGGGAUUGAAGCUGCUUGUGAGUUCGUAUGGGAAGGCGACGGGAUCAGUGCUGCGACCGCUAGAAGGGAGGAUUUAUAUCGACUACUGAGAAAGUGGAGUGGAGGAUGUCGGCGAGAAAGUGUAGACGUUUGUCGACGC